CGUAGUGUGCGUUAUGUCAUUUUAGUACUGACCCACGAACUGACAGUAAACGUUUCAGAUUGAUUCCAGACAUGGAGUUCUUCAAGUUAGCAGCCUUGUUGGCAUUCGUGGCACUUGCGGUGGCCGAUCCACUGCCCUCGAUGGAGGAGGAAGAAGACGCGGAAUCAAAAGACAACCUGGCGACGGAGCCUGAUUGGGCCAACUUUGGCAAAAACUGUUUCAUCCAGAACAGCGAGAAGAUCGGACUGGUUCAGGGCGAAGAGCACACACUGCAAGCCAAACUGCCAGUUUUGGACUCCGAUUUCGCCUACUGGUCCAUCAAGAAGUGGCAGUUGGACGACGGUGAGUUCUUUGAGAUUCAGAACGAUGACAGCUUCGAGUUCAUCGGCGUGAUAAACGAUGGAGACGAGGAGAAGGACGACUACCAGAUCAUCACCACACCAUUCCACUACCUCUUCAAAAAUCCGGGUAACUUGUGGCAACUGCAGCGCGAGCCGAGUGGCCAGUACAUCAUCAAACACAUGAACACCGAGCUUUUCCUCACCCUUGACUCGGAGAAAAAAAUCAGCUUGGAACAAGCGACGCCGACCAAGUGGUCUAUCAUCUGCCCGCAGUAGAAUUCAAUUUUGUAAAUUUUUGCUUUAAAAGUUUCGAUAGAAUCUAUUAUAUUGCAUUAAACCACUAA